UGCUCUCCCUGGACCCUGCAUUCACUAUAUCCGGUCUUCCCGGACCCUGCAUUCACUAUAUCUGGUCUCCCCGGACCCUGCAUUCACUAUAUCUGCUCUCCCAGGACCCUGCAUUCACUAUAUCUGCUCUCCCAGGACCCUGCAUUCACUAUAUCUGGUCCCCAGGACCCUGCAUUCACUAUAUCUGGUCUCCCCGGACCCUUGCAUUCACUAUAUCUGGUCUCCCCGGACCCUGCAUUCACUAUAUCUGGUCUCUCUGGACCCUGCAUUCACUAUAUCUGGUCUCUCUGGACCCUGCAUUCACUAUAUUCGGUCUCCCCGGACCCUGCAUUCACUAUAUCCGGUCUCCCCAGGCCCCGCAUUCACUAUAUCCGGUCUCCCCAGACCCUGCAUUCACUAUAUUCGGUCUCCCCGGACCCUGCAUUCACUAUAUCCGGUCUCCCCGGACCCUGCAUUCACUAUAUCCAGUCUCCCGGACCCUGUAUUCACUAUAUCUGGUCUCCCCGGACCCUGUAUUCACUAUAUCUGGUCUCUCCGGACCCUGCAUUCACUAUAUCCCUUUUCUCAUCAGCAGUAUAUAGCAGUCUUGUGACUUCUAUCAGUGUCCAGCAG